CUCUGAACUUUCCCUCUAUAAAAAACCCUAAUCUUCCGUUCUUCACCAGAAUAAUAUUAAUAAUUAAAUUAAAAAUAAAUAAACACCUCUUUCAACCUCCCCUCUUAUCUUCUCUUUGCGUUUCGCCCCUUGUUCUCUCUUAGUAACAGUCGUUUAAGGGACAACAACAGAGAUCGCUCUGAACGAAAACUGUUUGAUCGAAGGCAAGGCUUGUUUUCGGCUGUUACUUUGAGAUAAAACCAUGGGAUUUCUCCAUAAGCUUUGGGACGAAACGCUUGCAGGGCCUGCCCCCGAUUCAGGGCUCGGCAAACUGCGUAAGUAUGAUUCUUUCUCUGCUUCCACAACAAGAUCUGCUCCUGCUGUUGUUCCUCAUCAGGAAAUGGCUAUCACUCGAAGCAUUACUAUUCUUAGAACUCAUUCCAAUUUCAAGAACCUUUCUGUGGAUCCUGGUUCGGCUCCUGAUUCUCCUGCUACCCCUACCACUCCUGGGACUCCAUUGUCACCUGGGACACCAAGCGAGGAAUUCAAGAGAUUGACGAGGAGAAAAUCGUCUGCUGAUGCACUAUAUCGUGCUGAGCCCAGAAGAUUUUGAUUGAGUGCUUUGGAUCGUUGAGAGAGGAAAGUGACGAUUUUGGUUGAAGAAUCGGCAACUACAUAUAAAUAUAACACUACUACUGUUGUAUGUAGAUAAAAUUCUGAUCAUAUGUUGGGUGCUUCUUCAUAUGAAUGAAGAGAUAUGAGGACCCAUUAUGUAUAUAUAAAUAAAUAAAUAAAUAUUAAUAGCUAAAACAAGAGUGCAUGGUUCUAAUGGAUUCAACAAUCGCAAAGAAGGAACCAAUGCCUGCUAGCUAUCUGCUUGUAGGAGUUUACGAGAGAGGAAAAUCAACUAGGAAAUUAAAACCAACUCUUUUGUUUGGUUUUGAGAGCUGUUUUCAGCAUACGUAUACAUAUAUUGUGGGGUGUUUGUUUUUAUUUAUUUUUUCUUUCCUUUUUUGUAAUUUUGGUCCUUGUAACUAUGGGAUCUUUUCUUCUUGGCUUUGUAAUUUGGUUUUGUUUGUGAUCUUGUACAUGUAUAUAUUUAUAUAUAUCCAGUACUUUGUAUUUGUGUAAUCCUCUUUUAGUGAAACCUAUUGGAGCUCUAUAUAUAAUUUUUAUUUU